AUGAUUGCCACGAGAUUCCUCCGCGCCGCCGCUCUGCUGUUCGCUGCAGCGGCGCUGCUGUUGAUCGGCCUCGGCCACCAAUCUCCCGCGGGCACGCGCAAGGCCGAGGCCGAGAUGCGGCCCGUCAAGUCGGCCGAGCUGCGCCGCCUCGUCGCCAGAAUUGCAACGGCUGAACCGACGGGAGAGGCUGCCGCUGACGCGCUGGAGAAGGGCAGGGCGGCCGAGGAGGCGGCCGAGGAGGCGGGGGCUGCCGCCGCCGUGAAAAGGGCGCUCCAGGCCGACCUCGUCGUGCGGUGGGGGCUGCGGCUGGGGCGUGGGGCCCGCGCGCCGCGGCAACCGUCGAAAAUGUCCCAAAAAAUCUGUGGUCCACCGAGUGUGCCGAACCAACUGGAGCGAGUAGGCUCGACGCCGCGCUUGCUGUGGAGCUGCAACAAACUCGCCGCCGAGCGUGCCACCGAAGGCGUCCCGGCGGAGGUGAUGGAGUUUGAGACCUGA